AUGGAAGAUGUACCUCCGCAGGUAUGGGCCGUGGCUCACACCCUGAUAGCCCGCAAUGAGACGACCAAUUCAACCGCCACCGAUUCGAAUGGCGCAGCAGCAAACCGACCGCCUGUCUACAAAGCAAUCGGACUCAGUCUGGCUGUCGCUUCGGGCUUGUUCAUCGGUAUCUCAUUUGUGAUGAAAAAGACCGGACUUCUCAAGGCGAACGCCAAAUAUAAUGAGGAAGCUGGUGAGGGUUACGGCUACCUCAAAAAUGUUUGGUGGUGGGGAGGCAUGACGCUGAUGAUCCUGGGCGAAAUCUGUAACUUUGUUGCUUAUGCAUUCGUCGACGCCAUCCUCGUCACCCCUCUGGGGGCGCUAAGUGUUGUGGUCACAACCAUUCUUUCUGCCAUCUUUCUCAAGGAGCGCCUGAGUUUUGUGGGCAAAGUGGGCUGCUUUAAUUGCAUCGUCGGCAGCAUUGUCAUUGUUCUCAACGCCCCCGAGCAAAGUGCUGUCGCCGAUAUUCAAGAAAUGCAGCACUUUGUCAUCGCCCCAGGCUUCCUCAGCUAUGCUGGUGUCGUGAUUGUGGCAUGCGUAUUCAUCGCCUUGUGGGCUGGGCCGCGCUACGGCAAGAAAAGCAUGUUGGUCUACCUCAGCAUCUGCAGCUUGAUCGGUGGCCUCAGUGUCGUAGCGACCCAGGGACUGGGAAGUGCGGUCGUUGCCCAAGUGGGUGGAAAGUCCCAAUUCAACCAAUGGUUCCUUUACGUUCUACUGGUGUUUGUGAUUGCGACGCUUCUGACUGAAAUCAUCUACCUCAAUGCAAGUAUGCCUCUUUCCCAGACACUAUCCGGUGCUAAUACCUUCCAGAAAGCCCUGAAUAUCUUCAAUGCUGCUCUCGUCACUCCGACCUAUUAUGUCAUCUUCACCAGCGCCACAAUUAUUACUUCCGCCAUCCUCUUUCGAGGUUUUAAGGGCACAGCCGUGUCCAUCACCACCGUGAUCAUGGGGUUUCUCCAGAUAUGUGCCGGCGUCGUACUUCUACAAAUGUCCAAAUCUGCGAAAGAUGUUCCGGAUGCCGCGGUCUUCAAGGGUGAUCUCAAUCAAGUCAGGGAGAUUGCGGAGGUGGAGCAGCCAGAGACGGAGCCCAAGGCCGAUGCUAUUCGCGGCACUGCGGCUCUAAUCAGAAGGAUCUCCGUCUCGCGGCAGAAAAUGGAACAGGAGGAAGCCAGACGGCUGCGGGAAGACAAACUCAAAGACCAACUCGAGCCACUUCGCGAGAACGAAAUUGUGGAAUGGGAUGGACUCCGUCGUCGGAAAACGGUAAUUGGCGAACCUGGCGCCGUUGUUCGACGGAAGACCGUUCAUCCACCGCUGGGAAUGUCACAUUUUCCUGAUCCAGAGCAAGAAGAUGCCGAGCAUGAUGAAGCUGGAUUCUUCGAAACCCUUCGGAAUCGUGCUCAGAGCGUGAUUCGUCACCCCAGUCCUCGUCACCAUGCCACCAUGCCGCAAGAUUCUCUACGCAGCCCCAUACAUCCCGUUGCUUUGACGGAUAUCAAGGUCGUUCCAUCCAAAGCCGAGUCACCCAUCAUACCCUAUGGCCCAGGAAGCCUCGAAGAUGCCCAAGAACGGAUUUAUGGACUCCCUCAAGGCCAUUUGAAAGAAGGAGCGAUCAGCAUAGCAGCACAACCCUCGCCCCGGUCCAAACCCCUACCCGCCAAACCGUCAUCCUCCCCUGCACUCAAGCCACCUCACGAAGCAAGGCGCCAAUUCUCUUUCACCAACUUCCUUCGACCAAGUUCACGCACCCCCGAGAUUGACCCGGUGCUUUCUCGACCAAAUCUCUCACAUCGGACUAGCAGCCAUGAACAAAGACGGGCCAUGAAGAAUGCAUCCGAGGAGGAAAGAUUGGGACUUGUCAAGGGUGAUUCUCACGUUGCUUUGCUUGAGCAUGAAUCGUCUCGCUCGCCUGAGCGCCCAUCUCAGCCCCUUCCUUAUGCCCAUUCUCCCACCCAUUCUCUGUCCAGCUCUGCUUCAAGCGUUGAUGAUUACUAUCCUUAUCAACACCCUUCUCCUCCUCAACAUUCUCUGUCAUAUUCUGACGAGGUUGAUGGUUGGCAGAUGAUGAACACCGCGAGUCGGUCGACCGAGACGAUCCGAGCUUCGACACCACCAUCCGGGACGGCAAGCACCCGGAGAAGGCCAAGUCCGCCGAGGAUAUAUCAACCCCCACCUUUGCUCACGAGGAGUUCACCUCCGACGGACAGCAACGACGACCGAGCAAUUCCAGGGACGAUGGUGGGCGGCGGGCCGACACAGGCCAGAGCCACACCAGCAGUGUCAGACCGUUCCCAGAGUUCAUCGAUGAGCCCGCCGAGCAUCACGAUCCGGCAUCAAGACAGUGGUUUGCCCAGGAUAGGUGGAGAAGAUCGCCGGACUCAAGUUUCCGAGGACGCAAGAGUGAAUAAUGCCCACAGCUACGAUGCAGUUCGGCUAGACAGCAUCGAGGCAGAAGCCACCCGAAGACGAUUUGAGGAGCAGAGCAAAAGAGAAAGAGAAGAGCGACGGUUAAGAGCUGCUGGCCGACGGCAGAGUUGGAAACCUUCUGGUCCUGAAGGAGGCAGUUUCGUCUGA